UUUUUGUUCGUCUUUUCUGCAUCCCCCGCUAGCCCCUCCCUGUCCGAGUCGCAGCCAAGCAGGGACAUCGCUUCCUGGACCCAACAACGCCACCAGCCUGCACUCGCAAUCUCACUCUCUUUUGCCAGUGCCAGCGCCGUUGCGACCAAAGACCACUCCUUCCGAACACGCUUCGCGUAGAGCAUCGCGCUAGCCCGCCUGUGCUGCACCUCUGGUCCCAUUGACCCGUGACCAUCCUCGGCCGAAGCUUUGGCGGCCCCUUCUUUGCCAAUCGAUCGCAUCGUGCAGCAGCAGCACCUGCAGCACAAAUUUCCCUGGUUCGCUCCACCCCGGUCGUCGACAAGUCGCACGCGUCCACACCACACGCUCGCUAGACUUCCACGACCCUGGGCCCCCUCCCCGGACACCCUCAUUUUCGCUGCCGUUUUCCUGGCUUCCAGCGCGACGUACAGCCAGUCCAAGAUCCUCACGUCACCCACUCUCGACCGGCCUUGCACAACCACGCGAAGUCGACCCGAUCGCCCGGCAGAAACAUCAACCUCACUGGCAGGAGGGGAACACCAAGGGUCAGCGCAGGAGCCGGAACAGAUCACGGAACAUCCAGGGUGAAGAAGAAAAAAGGCCUACGAGGAAAAACAAGGAAAGCGAGGGAAAGGGAUCGUGCGGGCCACAAGCCAAAGGAACCCCCAGGCGACCCGACGACAUUUGCUCGCCACCAAGAACCCUGGACUCAACAGGCGGGUCAACAAGUCCACCACCGCCACUGCCCUCUACCGUUGUUCCCGUCUGCCUCAUGAGCAGGCUUGGAUUGUGCCGGCCCUGUGCACUUCACUGGUCCACCUGCCCGGUGCAUAACCCCAGCCAUCCCCCUUCGGUGAAUUUUGAUGGGGGCUUGACCAGUGUUGCAUCUACCCCCUGAGCCUGGGUCCGACAAAAUCCAGCACGUCCGCGCAGCUCUGGUCACGCCCGCGAAACUACCGCGUCUUCGACUCUCCUCGACGGCGUCCAUCAAAUAUGGCGGCCACACUCCCAACGGCAUCGCGGCCCACGAAUGGGCCUCCGACAGCCGCACUUCCGGCACUACCUAUCACCAAGACCCGAAAGAGCACCGGCGGCAUGGCAGCAACACCCUCACACUUGGGCAGCAGCACGCCCAGGAGCGGCCUGCGCGCUCCUUCGUCCACCUUCCUCCCUCCAACAACACCCGCGCCCACCACGGCGCUUCCGCAGCCGCGCGCUGUCUCCGUGGCCGCCCCGACGAAAACGAUACGGAAAACCGUCAGCAUAAACUCCUUCCCACAACCACCUCGCGGCGACGCAAGAUCCAGUCUCCCACCAAGUCCACUCUCCAACAGCGGGCCGGCGCCUGCCCGGAAGUCAAAGAGCCAGGCAGCGCUGGGCUAUCAGGUCAAUGGCGCCCCGAGUCUCCUCAACGGCACCGAAGGUAUAUCUGUUGCGCGCGGGCCUGGGACGCGAAGCUCCGAUGGCUUGAUCAGUGUGGGAUCCCCGCCUCAGAGCAGGAGUUCCUCGGCACAGGACUCUUACUCUACGUCGGCUACUCAGUAUGAUGAUCUGGCAGACGGUUCUCAACAAAAACCGGGCGCUGGCGCAGCUGAGGGCACCUCAAGCAAAAUGUCGUCCAAGCUCGAGGGGAAGGGAAAUGUUGUCGUGAGCGUGAGGGUUAGACCUGAUGCCGGCGGACACGAUCACUCGAAAUCAGACGGCGAAUGGAUAGUUGAGGGAAAGAAGUCUCUAAUAUCAUAUCGCGGCAAGGAAGGCGGCGAUUAUUUUUAUGAUAAUGUUUUUGCGACACACGACGACAACUCCAAGGUCUACGAUCACAUCGCCAAACGACUAGUCCGUAGAGUCAUGGAAGGAUACCACGGAACGGUCUUCGCAUACGGAAUGACGGGUACUGGAAAGACCUUCUCCAUGCAGGGCACCGCUUCGUCGCCAGGCGUCAUUCCCCUCGCAAUCACCGACAUCUUUUCUUAUAUCCGGGAAACACCCUCCAGAGAGUUUCUGCUACGCGUCAGCUACCUCGAAAUCUACAACGAAAAGAUCCACGAUCUGUUGAGCAUGUCCACAGGAGGCGGCAUUGGCGGCGCUGGCGGGCAAGACGAGAUCAAACUGCGCGAGGACAGCAAGCGUGGAGUCUAUGCCAGUCCCUUGAAAGAGGAGAUUGUGCAGAGUCCGACGCAGCUGCUGCGUGUGAUCGCCCGUGGCGACCAGGCACGUAGGACGGCAAGCACGCAGUUCAAUGCGAGGAGUUCGCGAAGCCACGCAGUCGUUCAGAUAGUGGUUGAGAGCCGCGAGCGCACGCCGGGCUCGACGUCUGAUAGCAAGCGCUCUGGCCUCGCGCCGGGCGGAGUCCGUGUGUCAACUCUGAGCCUGAUCGAUCUUGCUGGCUCUGAGAAGGCGGCCGAGAGCAAAGAGCGACGUACCGAGGGUUCCCACAUCAACAAGAGCUUGCUAACGCUCGGUACCGUCAUCUCCAAGCUGUCAGAGAACAAAGACAAGGACGGAAAGCCCUCGGACAAGGACGGGAAGCACCUACCAUACCGUGACAGCAAACUGACCAGGCUGCUACAAGGUGCUCUAUCGGGCGGCUCCCUUGUGAGCAUCCUAUGCACCAUCGGGAUCGGAGCCGCAGGGAGCGCGGCCACGGUCAGCACACACACCAACGAAACGAUCAAUACAUUAAAGUUUGCCGCACGCGCCAAGAACAAUAUCGUCAGCCAUGCUAAAAAGGCCGAGGAGGCACUCGGGGCUGGUGGCGAGGGCGGCGCAAAGGUCCUCCUCGAGAGGUACCGCAUGGAAAUACUGGAGCUGCGGGGUCAGCUUGAUGCACAGGCCAAAAACAACAACAAAAAGGAGGCCGAGGCGGAGAAGGCUCGCGAUGUGGAGCAGGAGCGGGCACGCGAGAAGCAGGCCGAGCACCGACAUGAGGAGCAGUUGCUGGAAAUGCAACUUGCACGCACGGCUCUGAAGGAGAGGAUCGAUCACCUCAACCGACUGAUAUUAAGCUCAAAGUCGAUCGGGGUGAACAGCAGCGGCUCAUACAGCUCCCUGGGGAUGCACUCUCGAGCGUCGCUCGCAUCGGUCAGAUCUCUGGCAACCACGGCACGGGGCUCGAUGCUCGAGCGGUCCUCGUCCAUGACAUCAUCAUCCUCUACCGUCGGCCGGCGGACCAGCAGUCAACGACUUUCCGCAACGGGCGAAGCUACGGUGGAGGAAGACGGCAGUGUUGGGGAGUUUGGCGAUGGGGUUGCGUCACUGGCUGCCCAGAACCGGGCGCUCCAGGCCGAUCUAACUGACAAGAACCGUUACAUAUCGACGCUGGAGAAGCGCCUGCUCCAGGCCCGGAGGACAAGCUCCUCGCGUGCCUCCGUCCUCGGACCCAACAAAGGUAUCAUGGUUGGCGAGGACCACAGUGUCGCGGCUGUGAUUAAGGAAAAGGAUGUCGAGAUCGCCGAACUACGAGCGCGACUGGACGACAAGGACCGGAUGCUGGCCGCGCUUCGCAGUGCGGCCAGAUCGAGAGAAAACGCCGACAGGGUUGACUCUCGCGCCGAGGCCCGAUCCUCGCAGGUGAUGGAUUCUCCGCAAUCGCCCAAGCCGUCUCCCCUGACAGACUCGAACCCAAGCCCUCCCUCUAUUGCUCGGCAGGUGUCGAACCUAGGUCGCGGGACCAAAAGCGUCGAUGAAAUGAGCCGAAUCCUGGAUGAAAUGAUCCAGGACCGAGUUGAGAGCGGGCACAUUGUACGCGGAACUCGUGGCAGUGUCAGGAUCGCGAAUGAUCGAAAAGGCCCUACCGCUACGGCCACGACCAAGCCGGCGGGGCACGCACCCAUUAUUGUCUCUACUGAUGUGUGAGGCUCGCCAUGGCACAUGGUCGUUUGUUUUCGCCGUCUGCUACUCUGCUGUCAUUCUGUUUUCUUUCCUUCGGCGUGGCAGCAGCAGCCACACCCACCGAUGAUGGCCGCUUUACCAAACACUAAAAAAUAACUUGGGCAAGGGAAAAUAUUUGGGUUGGGCUUGGCUUGGAGGCGAAGAGGAGUUCUGGAUUGGGCUUGUGAACGAUACGUUUGUUUCAUUUUGCUCUUUCGUUUUUUGCCCUCCCUUGCCUCUUCAUUUUCAUUUUCUUGGGUUGUCUUCAUUCGUCUUUCUCGCAUGUCACCUCCCUUUUUUCCUCCAUGAUUUUGCGGGCGACCGUUCUAUACCCGACGCAAUUAUUCUCUCUCCUUCUCUCGGUUUUCUUCCAGUCACGAAGUUGGCUUUUGUUUUAACGGCUUUUGUUUUAACGAGCUGUUUUUGCUCCCUCACAAAUUGGUGAGUGAGAUCCCGCGAAGGGACUGCUCGCAAUUCCAGGCCGAGCUGUAUUAUAUCGUGUAUAUCCCUUGGCAUCGGGAGCAGUCCUCAUAAUGUUGACGACCACAAGAGGAGGGAGGAAUGGUUUAGACGAGUGCGUGUACACAGGUGGACAAGAAGGGAACAACGGCGCGAGGAGGCUAUCAUAGUUUAUUAUGUGGCAUCAUUACGGGCAGACAGGCUCUCCCUGUUUUGCGGCCAAGAUUAUCUAUCUCUCAUUCCCUGACAGAGCCAGUGAGCACGCGAUGAGCGAGGCACGGGAUCAUCUAGAGAUGUCCUAGGUCGAGGGCGAGGGAGGUGCCCCGCCGAUUCUUUGACUUUGCGUCGGUGGCGCAUUGUUGAGGGAUGCACAGCCUGGUUCAAGACAAGACGUGUGUGCGCUCAAGGCAAAAAAGCAAUCGCAGGCGGACACGCAGGCGCAUAAAACAUAUGAAAAGUAAGAAGGCCCACGAUGGUCGGACUACCCGUUCCGUGAACCGAAUAGGAUAGCACAAUAGGUACCUACCAUCCUGCCUAGGCGCGCACGUGUAUGUGUGUGUCUCCCAG